UCCCCCGCGCGAGGAUGUCGUUCGUGAUCGCGUUGGUGGCGUUGGCCGCCGUGGCGCAGCCGUGCCUGGGCCACGCCCAGCCGCAGCCCCUUGCCCAGCCGCUGGCGCAGCCGCAGCCCCAGCCGCAGCAGUACCCGCCGCCGCCGUACGGCCAGCCCGGAGGCAUCCCGCCGCCCGGCGGCUACCCUGGAGCGCCGCUGCCCGGACAACCGGGCUACACCGGCGUCGGCGGCGUCGGCGGCAGCGGCUACAACGCGUCCUACUUGGGGGCGUCGCCGUACGGCCCGGCCAACGGCGUGCCCGGCUACCCCGGCUCCAACGACAUGUUCCGACCGGUGUACGAGUGGUUCAAGCUGGACUUCGCGUGGCCCGACGAGAACCUCAAGGCGGCGGCCCUGCGCGCGUCGCAGUACAUCCCGGAGAACAACGCGCUGGCCGGCAUCAAGGUGUGGCGCGACCGCAUGUUCCUGUCCGUGCCCCGCUGGAAGGAGGGCGUGCCCGCCACCCUGACGUCGGUGCCCGCGCAGCCCCGCGGCGGCUCCAACGCGCCCCGGCUCGAGCCCUUCCCGUCCUGGGAGUGGCAAGAGCAGGGCAACUGCUCCGCGCUGCAGAACGUGCACGGCUUCGAGAUCGACAACGAGGGCAGGAUGUGGGUGCUGGACUCCGGGCGCGUCAACACACGCGGACGCAACCAGGAGAACCGCUGCCCGCCCAAGCUGGUCAUCUUCGACCUCAACACGGCGCAGUUCACCGACAACUACUACAACAACGGCUACAACAUGAACUCCGGCAGCUCCAUCCCCGGCUCACCCGGCUACCCCGGCCCCGGUGGCGCCUUCAACGACCCCAACCGCCACGGCAGCAACCAGCCCUACGGCUCCGGCAACCAGCCCUACGACCCGAACAGGCCCUACAACCCCAACAACCCCAACCAGCCCUACGACCCGAACAGGCCCUACAACCCCAGCAACCCCAACCAGCCCUACAACCCCAGCCAGCCCUACUCCAGCAACCCCUCGGACCCUCACUACCGACCCAGCCAGUACUCCAGCAACCCGGCCGACCCCAACUACCGACCCUACUCGAGCAACCCGUCCGACCCUAACUACCGCGACCCCAACUACAGGUCUGGCUACGACAACAACUACAACGACCCCUACAACCACAACAACCAGUACGGCGGCGGCUUCGGCAGCAACAACCCCCUGUACCGCAACAGCCCCAACCGAGGCAUCCGCGUCAUCAAGUCCUACACCUUCCCCGAGGAGGCGGCCCAGCGCACCAGCGCGCUGCUCAGCAACAUCGUCCUCGACAGCAACGACGGAUGGUACGCCUACAUCACCGACUCGAGCGACCCCGACCCCGGCAUCAUCGUCUUCAGCCUGGCCCAGAGCAGGUCGUGGAAGGUCCGCGACUCCAGGUCCAUGCGCGCCGACCCCCGCACUGACUCGGUCACCAUCAACGGCGACCGCGCUGAGAUCCAGGUGAACGUGGCCGGCAUCGCGCUCUCCCCGAUGGCCCGCGAGCGCAUGGUGUACUACUCGCCGCUGUCCAGCAUGCGCAUGUACUCGCUGCCCACGUCGGUGCUGCGCGAGCCGGGCCGCGACAUCGGCGGCUCCGUCAACGACCUGGGCCAGAAGACGUCCGUCACGGACGGCAUGAUCAUGGACAGCAACGGCGCGCUGUACUUCGGCUUGCUCGGCGAGACGGGAAUCUCGCGCUGGGACUCGCACCGCGACAACUUCGCCGCCGCGCGCAGCAUGGCCAGGGACCCCAGGCUGCUGCAGUGGCCGGACACGUUCGCCAUCGACCAGACCGGCAACCUGCUGGUCGUGACCAACAAGCUGCAGAACUUCCUCCGCAACAGGCCCAUGGACCACGAGCCCACCUACCGGGUGCUGCGCGCCGCCCUCGGCGUGCAGUCCUACAUCAGCGGCGGCGGCGCGGGCUUCGGCACCGCCUACAAGCCCUCCGUCGGCAUCACUGGGAGCUUCGGCGCCGAUGCCUACGGAGGAGCAGGAUACGACCCCUACAGGAGUAACUACCUGGACGAUCCCAACAGUAACCAGUACGACCCCAACUUCAAACAGCCGACGAGCUACGACGUGGACGGGCGUAACUACGACGACCCCGGCAACAACCCGUACGACAGCGUCUACAAGCAGCCGUCCAGCUUCGACCCCUACGGCGGCGGCGUGGGCGGCGGCUACGGCAACCAGUACGGCAGCCGAGGGUACUACGGGCGCUACAACGCAGCCACCGCGACGACCGCCCCUCUGACCCUCGUGGCCACCCUGCUGGCCGCAGUCCUCGCGCUGGGAGUGCUGGCCGACAGGCGAUGAACCUCAUAGUCGCUGUCCUAGGGCACUUUCUGUCUUUGAAGCGGAGAAGAGGAAAUGCAACGGCUCAUUGGAAAGGAAGGAGCUGCCGCCAGAUGUUUUGCAAGUUUUGCUGAACUGUACAAGCGCUCCAGAAAGUUGGAAACGAGUCCUCUGAUACAUUCCGCAAGUCCGUCCAUAAUUUUAAGGAGGAGUGAGAGUUCAACCUGCCUUGUUUCCUUUUUUUUUUUUUUUUUUUUUGUAAAACUGAAUGGGUUGUGUUUUUGUUGUUAGUUUUAAUCAGAUCUCGUUUGAUACCCAAUCCACAUUUUAUUGAUAAUUGUUACAGUCUGGAUGAAUGUGUUAUUUUUUUUUAUAUAGAGUGGAUCUAACCAAUUUAUGACAUUUUUUUAAAUAAAUUUUUGUUACCCCACUGUAUUUAAGAGCAGACAAAUUUAUUUUAUUAUGACACAUAAUUGUAUAAAAAUUUAAUAGAUCUAAGUUAUGUUUAGUUUUUUGUUUUCCAAAGUGUAAAUGAUCAAUCAAUUCUUUGUGCGUUUGCUCUUAAUUGAAAACGACACUCAGAAUACUGUUUGGAUGGGCUGCAUUUGUGCUCCUUGAAUGGCCAAUUCAAGUUCAUGGAUCACUCAAAACUGAUGUGUUCAAGCUGUUCCUACAGCCUACAUAGACUCCAAGAGUGAAGCAACCAAAUCAAGAUUCAUGGUGUACUGAUAUUUUUAGCUCACCCCUUUUCUUUUUUUCACCAAGAAAAAAAUUGUGUGUCUUUUGUGUCAGAUCUUUUACAUUAGAAAUAUUUGGUUAGUAAAUCAAGCCAUUUUAAAUGGUGUUUUUGUUUGUUGUUUUUUUUUGUAAGAAAAUUAGAAAAACUUUCCUAUUUUUAUCUGCACGGAAACACCAAGCUGGUUUUCAAUCAUCCUUCUUUUCGAACAAACACUUAAAAAUGUAGGGGUAUAAAUCAUAGGUAGAAUAAUCAACCAUGUUAUAAAGAUCCCUCUGCUAAAUGCAUAUUUGGCAGCUCUUAGAGCAAAAAUCUUACUUUGUGUUUACAAAGUAGAUUUAAUGGCACUCAUGCAUUUUUUAGAAAUAUAAAUGCUUCCUCAAGUGAAACAUCACAUAUGGAGCAAAGUUGGAAGACAUUUCACUUGUGAUUGUCAUUCUCAGAUACAAGUAAUCAUAUUCAAAUGGAGAAACAUGAUCCUAGAUGAUAAGCAUUGCCAACCAGGCACUGAUGUUCAUGAUUUGUUGAACAGGAAGUUGGUGCCGAACCCUCCCCUGAAAGAGUGGCCCUACGAUUAAAAGAGAUCUAUUAUUGUAUUAGAUGCAGAUGCCUGGUACUUAAAAGUACACAUUAGUUAACAAUCCAAAACUUAUGAAGUUGCAGUUGUGAUAAAUAGAUCUAUGUGAAUAAAUGAUUUUGAAUUUUUAAUUGUCUGUCUAAGAAAGGGCUUAUAUCUUUUGUUGAAUUCAUACUGGUACUCAUUUUAUCAUUACAUGUGUCUUUUGCCAUUAUUAUGUACAUGAAUCUCAUUUCUAAUUAAAGUAAAAAAAAAAAA